AUGGUGCUGAGUUUGAUUGGCCCGCUUGACAACCCCGAGGUGCAGCGUGUGCUGCUUGUUGCCACGUACGCCGGAACGCAGCUCAAGGUGGUCCCCGUGACACUCAACAGCGAAAAGACUAGGGAAAGCUACCGCCGCAACUGUCACCCGCUCGGCCGGGUGCCGGUGCUGAAGUCCGACGAGGGGUACCUCUUCGAGACAAACGCCAUCAUACGUCAUCUUGCACGCACAGAACGCCCGUACGGGGUGGACGGGGGCGAGCGGCACCCCUCGCCACAGCACGUCGUGCCGUACAUUCUCUAUGGAAAGAGCCUCCGGGAGGCGGCGGAGGUGGAUGCGUGGCUGGACUUUGUCCUGACCGAAGUCGAUCCAUACUUCUUCCCACUUCUCGCAGCAGAACGAGAGGAGAGGAAGAAGAUGAGAAACUCAAAAGAAGAGGAGGGGGUUGGAGCAAUGGCGCGUCAGCCGCUGGUGGAUGCCUUGCGUGAGGGGCUAAACGGCCUUGAGCAGCGGCUUGUGUUCAAGAAGCAGCUUCGCAAGCUGGCGAUGGGCGGGGGCGGGGCUAGCAACAACCCCCUCAGUGCCCGCACGGGAACACAGGAGGAGGUGGAUGAAGAGCUUUCAGAGGACGAGUAUUUAAUUGCCGCCACGCCGCGGGAAAGCGCCAUGCUGCGUGGGUACCACACCUACAACAUUAAGACCCACGUGGAGGAGCCCGAGGUGAGCAACAGCGCGAAUUCCAGCGAGGGCGUCCUGCAAGAGGCUGGCACGGGGGCGCCCUCACCACGGUCCUCGGGGCAUCCCCCACGCCCUCCCUCCUACUCCCCGCGACGGAGCGCCAGUCCGCCCAGCGACAUGAUUUUUCUCGUCGGUGACUCUUUGACCGCGGCGGACCUCGUCCUCGCACUUGCCGUAAACCAAGUCCUGUCGCUGAGGCAGGUGGGGACGGCACUGAAGCAACAUUGCCCGCAUGUGGUUCGCUACCACCACAGUAUUUUACGGCUGCCGCUUGCAACGGAGCUACGCAAGGUGUUGGGCAUAAAUGUUGUGUAG